AUGAUCUUGUCCAACCUGAGCGACUGCGCGCGGCUCAACAGCGCCUUGUGCUCCGGAGUUGGAGCUUGGGACGGGAACGAGUUGGACGCAGUCCCCGGGGAAGGACAGUCGCUGCGGAAUACGCUCACCCCGACAGGCAACCUGGUGGUCGCAGUGUGCCUGGGCUUUAUUGGGACUUUUGGCUUUGUGAACAACGUGCUGGUUCUGCUUCUGUUCUGCCGCUACAAGAUGCUGCGAUCACCCAUUAACCUGCUGCUCGUCAACAUCUCCGUCAGCGAUCUGCUCGUGUGCACGCUCGGGACGCCGUUCAGCUUCGCCGCCAGCACGCAGGGACGCUGGCUGAUCGGGAGAGGAGGAUGUAUGUGGUACGGGUUCGCCAACUCGCUCUUUGGCAUCGUGUCCCUCAUCUCCCUGGCCGUCCUGUCCUAUGAGCGCUAUAGCACCAUGAUGGCUCCCACAGAGGCAGACUCAUCCAACUACAGGAAGAUCUCAGUGGGCAUCGCGCUCACCUGGCUCUACUCCCUGCUGUGGACCCUGCCCCCGCUCUUCGGCUGGAGCAACUAUGGGCCAGAGGGUCCCGGGACCACCUGCUCCGUAGACUGGACAGCCAAGUCGGCCAACAGCAUCUCCUACAUCAUCUGCCUGUUCAUCUUUUGUCUUAUCCUGCCCUUUCUGGUCAUUGUGUUCUGUUAUGGGAAGCUCCUGUGCGCCAUCAGGCAGGUGAGUGGGAUCAACGUAUCGGUGAGCAGGAAGCGCGAGCAGCGAGUGCUGUUCAUGGUGGUGGUUAUGGUCAUCUGCUACCUCUUGUGCUGGCUGCCCUAUGGCAUCAUGGCUCUUUUGGCCACAUUUGGACCCCCAGGUCUGGUCACUCCUGAGGCCAGCAUCAUCCCCUCAAUCCUAGCCAAGACCAGCACUGUGAUCAACCCAGUCAUCUAUGUCUUCAUGAACAAACAGUUUUAUAGGUGUUUCCAGGCAUUCUUGCACUGUACCAUUCCCAGAAGGGGGUCCAGUAUUAAGAGCUCUUCAAGGAUCGCUACAAAGGUGUUUAAAGGUGGACCAGGUGCCCAACGGCGAACCAACGACCUCCUCUUUAUGGUGGCCUCUCUGGGUCAGCCAGCCGUAGCAGUGCCCCAGCUCAGACCUUGCUUCGAGCCUACCAAUGACAUCACCAGAGCACCCUCGUCAGACAUCAACAUCAACAAACCUGUGGCCGUGUCUCUGGUCGCACAUCUGGAAGGUUGAGGACUGGCUGAGGGGUUGAGGUCAUUAUUGCUCAGAGACCUGCCUGGAGGACUUACUGUGGAGAUGUCAUCUGAUAUCGAGUACAGAUGAAAAGUCAAAGCAAACCUUUUGUACCUCCACAAAACAGAUCAAAUAUCUGUUUUUCUCAAGAAGAUGAUCAAUAGUUCUUAAACUCUGGCUUUAAAAGGGAAAGUCAUGAUUUUUUGCCAUAGAAUAUCAAACUGAUGUGAAGGGGAUAGCUUAUUUUGUCCAAAAUGUAAAACUUUGUACAGUUUAUUUUAGUAAAAUAGAGCCAAACCACAGAUAAAGAGUUUGUAUUUGAAUUUGUAUUAAUCAAUAGAGCACCUCAAAGACAUGGACAACCAGUUUCUCUCACAGAGACGUUUACACAAAUGAACACAUGAGCACAAAGGUAAUCUUGUAUUAAGUUUGUAGAGUUGCCUGCUAGUCCAAGCGAUGCAGUACUUAUUCUAAUUGACACACGCUGCAUGGUGGGCCCUGUUGAUCUGAGGGUUUGGUCCAUUUCUAAUCUGGAGCUGCUUAUGCAACUGUGGCCGGAGAUUUGCAGUGAGACUGUUUAUUCACUGAAUACAAAGACAGCAUCUAUGAAUGUAGUGCCAUUAGAUUUGGUAUAAGCCAAAACAGAUGCUUAUUUAUGUCACAAAGUUUAUUUCACUUUUUUACAUUUUAUAUAAAACCAAGCAGUUACUCUUGAGUGAUAGCUGUGUUGGGCUAAACACUAUUAAAGUCAAUGUUCAGGGUGCCCUUCAGUCAGGUGCCUUUCCCCUGAGCUCCUCAUUACAGUUCAGUGUUUACAGUUCAUAUUUCAGAUAUAAAUACAGGAGUGCAACGAUGCCUUUUGGAUCAAUGUGAUGUGUAUGGCAUUUGUAUGUUGCAAAUCCAGAAAUUGACAAGAUUGACAAUUUUCUCCAACAUUGUAGCAAUAUAAACAACAGACUCACCAAAAGUAAUUCAGUGUUUGUUAGUUUUAUAGAUUUACACCUGGGGUAACCAGUUUGGAAAAGUCACUAUCAAUCACUCACUAUCAAUAAACAGCAAAACACUGAUUAAUGACUCGUUCCAGCCCUUUACACUCCCAAGUACAAGAACUAUUCCACUGCAGUAUGUCC